UUGUAUUGAUUGGAGACUCGGGCGUUGGCAAGUCAAACUUGCUCUCUCGUUUCACGCGUAAUGAAUUUAAUUUGGAAUCCAAGUCCACUAUCGGCGUUGAGUUUGCUACAAGAAGCAUUCAAGUAGAUAACAAAACCAUCAAAGCUCAAAUUUGGGAUACCGCUGGUCAGGAACGUUAUAGAGCCAUCACAAGCGCUUACUAUCGUGGUGCAGUCGGAGCCUUACUUGUCUAUGAUAUUGCCAAACAUGUGACAUACGAUAACGUUACUCGAUGGCUUAAAGAGCUGAGAGAUCAUGCUGACAGCAAUAUCGUCAUAAUGCUCGUUGGCAACAAAAGUGAUCUAAGACACCUCAGAGCAGUAACUACUGAAGAGGCAAAACAGUUUGCAG